ACAUCGGCGGAUGCCGCGAGUAAGUGUGUCGAAAUCCUAAUGUCUGUCAUGUCCUUCAGGUUUCGCACGCAUCAGGAAUGUUGUGUUCUAACACAUCGUACGGAGGAACGUAUUACCAAUGUCCUGGCGGUAAGGAAUGCUGUAACAACGUCUCACAGGGAGGUUGCUGCAACCCGCGUCAGCCUUCCCUGCCCACAUACGGCUACAACAACGACCACAACACGUACUACGGCGUGCAUCACUACACACUCCUCAGCUUCUGGAACAUGUGGUACUUCUGGUUCAUCGUCAUCUCGCUGCUCAUCGCCUGUUUCGGCGUCUGCGGCUACUGGCGGCGGCGCCACAUGUGGAACCUGUACGGACCGGGUCCCUACUCAGGCAUGCACGGCAUGGUGCCGCCGAGCCGCUACCUCAUGGGCAACCGCAUGCCGGGCAACUACCGACAGCGCUUCUCAGGCUACCCGUCGCUGUUCAUACACCACGACGCCGGGCAGCCCGCCUCACUGCCAAUGGGCAGUUUCCCGGAGCCGCCGCCCUACUCUGAGGUCGUUGCUAAGCCGGAGUCAUAUCCGCCACCAUACGCCGAAGACACCGACUCUCUGCCUCCCUAUUCCGAGGCCGUUGCCAUGACACCGACGUCGCAGGCCGACAAUGCCAUGCUGACACCAGGGGGCGCUGAACCCUGUGUCCCGGCGGCCGAGGUCCAUCACGGGAGCACGGACACCAUCAACCAGCCGCUGCAGCAAAGCACCGACAACAUCUAUCCUCCAACAGCGUUGCAACCUGGUGGCAGUGGUCUUGCGGGUGCGACGCGCGACAACAGCGGAGUCGUGUUUGUCACGCGGCCGGACGGCGUGAGUGCACCACCACCGCCGCCGUCGCCGCCACAACAGCAUUUGCUUUCGUAGAGAGAGAGAUGAAGGGGAAUAUAGAUGUAGAUGGGUGAUAGGGAAACUGUUGUUUUAUCAUCAUCUGUAGUUAGCUCGUGUGUUUUGUUUCACUGUCACGCAAGACCAGAAUUCGGUGCCGGAUCCCGUGCGACGGCAUUGGUGUUUGCCGACGGGAGAAGUUUAGGAUCGUGGGCGCACCCUGCCUUCCAUUGCAACAGCCAACCCCAGAGGCUGAGGCGCCGCCGCGCCGUUAAGCUAAUCCAUCCUCAUGCCCGCAACCGACCUCCAACUCCCAGCUUAGCGACCGGCCUCAGGAUGCAUCUGAUGGGAACAGGAUUACGGUCAUCGGGAUAUUUACCCUCCCCCCUCCCUUGUGACAGGGGAUGCCCCUCCUUCCUCCCUCCUUCUCCCACUCCCCCAUGGCAGCUAGGUGAGGAAUCGUCUCCAUCCCCGGUAACUCCUGUGGAGCGAUCCGCUCACUUUGUGUCGUGUGGAGAAGAAGGGCGCUGUUUGGGUCGACCCGGCGGCCAGAUAGCUGUAGAGUUCACCCAUCGUCGGGCGUGUCAGUGGGAGGCACACGAUGGGGAAAAGGUGGGCCCGAGCGCCGCAACAGAGAUCACUAGAUGUCCGCGACGGCCGCAGUCGAUUUCGUAACUCUAUGUCGCACGCGGGAAUCUUGGGAGGCGGGAGGAGGGGCGAUGCGAAGGAUGUGCGUUCAGUGUGUUGCAUCGCUCUUACGUGCCUGUUGCAUGAGAGUGUGGGGGAGGGUCAGCGUUGUGUGUUGUGUGUCUCAGCAUGCGUGUCAAAUGUUUGUAGAGUUGUGAUUUGUGCAUACUUUUACAUGAUGUAAUAGUAGAACUACCAUGUGUGGACAAACAUUAUUCUGAUAUUCCCUAUGAAGUUAUACUGUUAUAUAUAUAUAUAUAUAUAUAUAUAUAUGUA